GCUCCAGGAGAGCUGGAGAGGGAGCUGGGAUGAGGGCCUGGAGGGACAGGACAAAGGGGAAUGGCUUUAAAUUGCAAAAGGGGUGAUUCAGAUUGGAAGAAAUUCUUUCCUAUGAGGGUGGGCAGGCCCUGGCACAGGUUGCCCAGAGCAGCUGUGGCUGCCCCAUCCCUGGAGGUGUUCAAGGCCAGAUUGGAUGGGACUUGGAGCAACCUGGGAAUAGUGGGCAUCCCUGCCCAAAGCAGGGGUGGGUAGAACUAGAUGGUCUUUAAGGUCUCUUCCAACCCAAACCAGUCCAUGUUUGCAUGUAUAUAAACAUACAUCAUGUGCCCAUCCUGCUGUAGCUGCAACCUAUAGACAGUCACAACUCCCACACUGAUGUUCAGAAAUCAAAAUUUAAAUUACAAAAACGUUUUAACCUACACUGGAAAUCUCCUGUUGCAGUCUGGAGUAGUUUAAAUACCGAACAACUACUGGGAGUACAAUUGUUGUACCCAGUUAUAGGGAAUGAUGUGUAGAAAAAUUACCUAACAACCAUGUUCUAAUUUAAAACUUGCAUAAAACAGACAAAAAGAAAAGCUUUAUAAUGCUCAGACAAGAACUCAGGGCUAUGAGCUUGGAGUUAACACUGCAAAGUCCCCUGCUCAGGUAAAGCAGGAUGGGCUGAGGACCAUGCUCCCAGCUGGAAUGGUUGGCAGAAUUGCUUAGCAGAAGGAGCACAACAGAAUUGACCAUCACAGAGUGGGACAAGCAAAUAUUUUCACAGAUUCUGUUCACUUUUGAGACUCUUCAAAAUUUCAUGCAGUAUGUUUGACUAAUAAAAACCAUGAGCAUUCAAAAUAAGGGUUUUUUCAAUGUCACCCUCAGCAGUGGUACAUUUCUGUGCAGUUCUCAGGCACCAACACAGCACAAAGUAAAGAUCUAAAUUCUAAAAGCAAGGAUAAAAGAAGAAAGUAAUAGAAUAGAAUGACACUUUAUGACCUGCCAACAAAUUCCCUUCCAGUUUUCCUAUGAUUAAAAUGUUUUUCUGUUUCCAGUGGCUGUGAGAAAGCCCUGCAUACACAGGAGAAAGUGACUAACUGGGAAGCAGUGGAACAGGUGAGCCAUGACGUGCUCAUACACUAAGAAAAGGCACAGGAAAAAUUCUUUGCAUAAUUUAGUUAAGAAUUAGAGCAUCUUUUACUUGCAGUGCAACUCAUUUGAAGGUUUUGGGUAUUAAUCAAUAUAAGUAGUACAGACUUCACUGAGACAAACGGUAUGGAAAAAAUAAAAAAGGAAUGAAAAUGUUAAAUCAGGGACAAAUUUCAGAAAGAUCAAAAGUGUUUCUGGUUUAGAAAGGCAAAAAUGCAUAUCUGAGUGCCACCUUUCUUACAACUGAGUGCUAGUCAAGCAUGGCCUCCUCAUGCUCUUCUCCCACAUGUCCAAGCUCCCCAGCCAAGGAGCCAAAAGGAAUAUUGAAAUAAAGCAUGGUCAUUUCAGACCUGGAAGAGCCUGACAGAACCCAAUACCACUCAAUACAAAAAUGCUGCCUUGUGUCAUCAGAUGUAACAUUCCUAAUUUCUGAAAAGUUGGAACAGUUUUCUCUUUUAUUCCAGACACUAUCUCUAUCUGGAAUUGGGAAAAGUCGGAAAAACACCUUUAAACAACAUUGACACAAUGCUUUGUCAAGCUGACUAACGGUGACUUUCUGAAAGGAAAUCAAAGUCUUUCUUUUUCAGAGCUCUGACAGCUCUCAACUCCCUCCAUGCAGGAAGAUUAGAGUUCAUGGGCUCAAAUAGGCAAGCGGAUGAGAUUCUUAUUUAGAGUACUGGGAGUGGAAACUUUUGAGAGGAAACAGACUACACAGUGUAUUUUAAAGUACAAAGUUAGAAGAUAACAGCGUGCAGAGAGUCACAGCAGGAUUUAGGAGAUGUUGCUUAUCAUCUCUCAGCUGUUUUAUGCUUUCCUGGAUGGCAACAUCUCCUGCCAAUGUCAAAAUUCAGCAGGAGCUCCUGUCCCUAGGACUCCUCUUUGGGAGCUCUUGCCCCACACACCUGCCUGUGGGCCACGCAGGCACCCAGGUACCUCUGCCCUGAGGAGCUUGAGUUCUGCCAUCCCCCCCUCUUUCUCCUAUACUCCAAACCAUUUGCCAAAUGAACCUGAGAGUCUUGAGCCAAGGAUAUGCUGCUGGCAGCAACAGAGGGAGAAACAUCUGCAGUCAAUGUGCUCUGCAGUUGGUUUUAUUCCAGCAGACACUGCCUUCUCCCACCCUGACUGGGCAGGGGUAAGCACACCAGGCUCAAACUGCACCAAAGACACUGAAUUUGGGACUGUUCACAGCAGAGCACAUCUUGCAUGGACUCACCCAGCACAGAGACCACAGCAAGAGAUGAGAGGGACAGCAAAGAAAGGUGUCCCUGCCCAUGGCAGAGGGUUGGUGCUGGAUGGUCAUUAAGGUCUUUUUCAACUCAAACCAUUCCAUGAUUCUAAGAUUCUGAGAGACAUGAUCAGAGCAGCUCAACAGCACAAGAACCCACAGCAGGUGAGACCACUGACUCCCUCUGAGCAUUCCUUCUCCAGCUUCCACUCUGCCAAAACACCUGAAGGAGUGAAGGAAUCCAGCCUUGCUCUGCCCAGAGCAGUUCCCACACCCCACUCGGUUUGCUUAGCAGCUCACAGGCAAGAACAGCAGCCAUGGUCCCCAUGGACCUGCAGCAGACAUUGGUUCUUUCCAGUAGACACAUCCUUCACAAGAGGGACAGUGCUCAGAUGAGGUACAUGGAGAGGAAAGGGGAGGGGAUCCUGGCAGCACCCACAAUCCACUUCCAUUUCUCUCUUCAUUUCACAAACACCAACCUCAGCCACGAGAUGCACAACCUCCCUGGCAGGCACACACCUCCAGCACCAGGGCAAGCUUUGCUGCCCCUCAGAAAUGUGGGCAGAUGGAUGUGGGUCUGGUGAAGGAACAAAAAACAGGAGGUGCAGAACAGGUUCACUUGAAUCCCAGGGAAAACCACAGUUUAUCUCCCAACAGCUGCCAGUGUAGGAAGAAAGCUGAAUCUCUCCAUGCAUCCCUAAAAGGCAGAAACUCUACUUUCCAGGCCUGGCCCUGCUGUCCAUAUAAAAAUGCCAAGUAAAAUUUUUCCCUGCCCCCAACUGUGACUCCAGGAAUUUCCAGUUCUUCCUCUCCUCCUCUUUUCACCCCCCUGGAAAGCCUCUCACAUCUGUACUUGAUCAGCUGAAGCUAGAAAUGUAAUGAAGCCCAGGCACAGCAGCAGUGGGAGCAGAGCCAUGGAGGCAGCCCCAGGCUCCCAGCAGGGAGGGAGGCGCUGCUGCAGCCUGGGCUCCCGGCUCCAGGCCGCAGCCACAGCACCAGGCACUGGGGAAGCAAACGCUGAUGCCUCUUACGAGUGGACACAAACCUUACCACAUAUUUGAUGAAAGUUUCCUUGCUUUGUAUCUGACCUCUCACAUCUGUUUUUCUGUGGAACUGUGUUUAUAGCAUCCACAGUCCUCACCCUCUGUUCCCAUAUAUUUUUCAUUGCCUAAAGCACUGAAGUUUAAAGAAAAAAAUAGAAUAUUAUUUAGAAGGGCUGGGGAUUUUUAUGUCUGAAGCAUCUCACUGAAAAACCUUUUCUCCCUCUAUUUAAUGGGCUAUAUUUGGAAUAUGAACAUUGAUCAGGAUAAAAAAAAAAAAUCUCUUUUCAAUUUGGGUCUCACUUUGUUGAACUGGACCCUAUAACAUACACAUUAUAUAGAACAAAUUAUUAUUGCAUCCUAUAAUGUUAUAUUCUAGAUCAUCACAGAACCACAGAAUAGUGUGGAUAGGAAGGGACAUUAAAAACCAUCUUUUUCCAAACCCCUGCCAUGGGCAGGGAUGUCUUCCACUAGACUGGAAAACUCUAAGGUCUUGAGAAAAUGAGGUUUUAGCUGAUGUAGCUAAAUUAGGUUUGAUGCUUUUAAAAUAAAAUGCCUUUAUGGGAUCCUGGUUAUAACCUUCCAUGGGGCUAAAAGACAUCAAGAAACUCAAGUAAUACAUGAAAAGUUGUAACAGUUCAAUGAGACUCUUGAUAGUGUUAAUGAUAUUAUAUGAGCUACUCUAAGAAAAGUCAGGCAUUUUUCAUGUAUGAUCCAAACACUGAAAGCUGAUGAGGCUACUCCUAAAAACUCUUCCCUGGAUGAAACAUAUAAUUUUGAUAAAGCAGCUUCACAGAAUGGAUCUAUAAUAUCCCACUGAAUACACAGCUUUGUUCCAAGCUUACCCUCAUCAAACCAACACCAAGAAUUGCUCCAUGUGGGUUGUAUGACACAAACCCCUGUGCCCCUCAGAAUGCUGUGAGUGCUGCAAAAUGCACAUCCUGCUGCCUGUUUGCCAGCAAUGAAGCAUUCACUAAGGCAAUUUUUUAUUAAGGAUCAGGAUUCCCAUACUAUUUAAAUUGGAUUUUAGGGAAUAUUUCUUCAUGGAAAGAGUAGUUGGGCACUGGCACAGCUGCCCAGGGCAGUGGUGGAGUCACCAUGCCUGGAAUGAUUUAAAAGCUGUGUGGAUGUAGCAUUUGGGGGUAUGGGUUUGUGGUUGGACUUGAUCUUUUCCAACCUUUAUGAUUCUAUGACUAGACUGAUUUGUUCAGCCUUUGUAAAAUAUAAUUGCUAUUGUUUUUAUUGUUACAUGAGAAGGAAGCUUGGACCCCCCCUGAAAAUACAUACUCGGACGUCAUGAAAUCACAAAAAUCAAAUGGGGGGAGGCAGAAGCAGGUGUGUGACAUCUCCCUAAAGGUAAAUCUCUCCUGGCAUUAUCUGCAUGUAAACAUCAUCUGCCUUGCUGCUGAAUGCCUGGCUCAAAAUAAACACAGAAUAAUAAUAACAAGUAAUCCAAGGGGUUUAAAAUAUGCAAAAACAGUCAUUGCUGGUAGGAAAUUUAUUUGAAGAAUGGCGAACACUGGUGUGCUUAUACUGGAAGUUCUAAAACCAGAAAUGUACAGAAACAUGAUCAAUCACAGGGAAAAAGAGAAACCAAAGAUGCUACAGUGCUCUCAAGGGAUGAAGAUGCUCAAAGUAUUUAAUUUGUUUAAAAGAUUAAAAACUAUCAGAGCACACAGAGGAGGGCUGAGUUCAUAGCCAGGUUAGUACAUUCAACUUCAGUACCUGAAAACUAUUUAUAGGAGCAUAUCAGCUUUAUUGGAAUUUCCCCCCCCUUCUCUCACCAACAAGUCUUGAAAAGAAAAUGUUGCCUUGCAAAAAAUUUCAGACCAGUUUCUUUCUGUGUAUUGGGUCAGGGCAGAUCAGUUGGUUAGGGGCAAAGCCUCUUGUCUUGGUAAGAUGGAGCCACUAUAAAAUUAAAUCAGUUUGUAAUCUAAUGUACUGAUUACUGAUGUGAAAUCCUGUGCCAGCCCCUCAGGUGUGGCGGUGCCCGGCAAGGCAGGUCCGUGCCAGGUCUCAGAGCUGAGCGGAUGCGGUGCCUUCAGUGCAGUGUGUACGAGGCAAUGCUACACUCGUGCGGAGUUUGUGCAGCCUGAACACUGUGCCAGGCUCAGCUCAGGAGCGGCACAACCCCAGGCAGUACCACCCGGCUGCAGGGCAGUGCCCACCAGAAUCUCCGUCCUCCUCCCGGUGCUGCUGAGGCAGCCGAUGGGAACAGCAAAGAGCCGUAUGGAGCGCCAGUCUGGGCAAGACCGCUCUGGAAACAUCCAAGUUCAAGAACAGUUUGGAAUACCCACAGAACUCUCGCUAACGGGUUUAUCAGAGAAGCACCCGCCCUGUGGCAGUGCAGUCCGUAGCGGGCUGUGAGCUGGGCGAUCCCACACGGCAGCAGGGCCUGCACGGCCUGGGCGCCGAGCGGGGCCGGCAGCCUCCCUCGAGGCUCUGCGAAGCCCUCACGGCGCCCAGCACGCCGGGCCUUGGGCUCGCCAUGCGCUGACUCUCAACCCCACUCACGCCCCAACACUUGCCCUCUGCCUUUGCAGACAUCCCUAGAUUGGGUUGUUACCGGGUUGAGAGUCUCGAGAUUUUAUAAUUAUUUAUCUGCCACGGUCCCUCCUAGGGUGCAGAGAGGACGCGGACAUCAGCGCAGCCCCGCAGAGCUUCCGUCGCGCUGUGCAGCAGCGAACCCCAAUCAUGUUUUGCUUCUAGUAAAAGUCGACUACGCCCUGAGGCUCACCAAAACGAGCCACAAAAACAGCCAUUUCCUCUUGGUGGGGAGGUGGGGGGGGCCUUUUCCUCACCGCAGUGGCUGUUCUCGUCCCGGCACUCACAGCUCGGCUCUUCGGAGAGGAACAGGGCAGAGCAACCUCCUCGAGAUACUCCAGAUUUGUAGAUCACCUUUGGGGUGACCGCAUUCCCCUCUGGCUUGGCUUAGCGAGGAUGAUAUCUGUCACCGUUUGCAGGAUAUUCUGAAGUUUGCACCCAAACCUAGGCUUUUGGAGCAGCACUGGUUGGCUUGGAGGACCCAGCGCUCGGCAGGCUACAGGGAGCAUCCUGUCCCACCUCUGCCCCACCUCAGCUCAGGCUCUCCUGCUCUGAGACUGGAUUCUGUUUGGAUUCACUCCAUCCAACACGGAAUGGACCUCCCUAUCAUCCAGUUCACCACAAGACUGGCAUUACUUAUCAAAGUGCAAGAAGGCGGAUAAGUCAACGCUGGGAAGGACAACAAAGCUUCUUUGUGUUUUUAUUUUAUGGAAUUCUCCUAUCUACCUCACAAAAUUCUCAUUUCCUCGGUCAGAAAUCCCUCAGGAAUUGACUUCAAGAAUGAACGGUGAUGUCCUCUAGCGCCCUGUAACACCCAGCGCAGCCGCCUGUUCCCAGCCCGAUUUCAAUGUGCUGCAGCUGACUGGGACCUCGUGUUGUCUGCAAUUAGAGUCUGGCAGCAAGCUGACAGUCAGAUAUGACUGUCCAGAAACUGGUAGCCACAGCUGUGUUGGUAGCUCUGGUCUCACUCAUCCUUAACAACGCGGCUGCCUUCACCCCCAACUGGGUGUACCAAACGCUGGAGGACGGGCGCAAGCGCAGUGUGGGGCUCUGGAGGAUGUGCUGGCUGGCAGAGCGGAGCAGAGGGGCUGCAAGCACCAGUGCCAGGCAUGGCCAAGGAGAGGAGCAGGAGUGUGAAGCCCUGGGCUGGGGUUCAGAGUCAGCUGGCUUCCAGGAGUCACGCAGCACUGUCAAACUGCAGUUUGACAUGAUGCGCGCCUGCAACCUCAUUGCCACGGUGGCUCUGACUGCCGGCCAGCUCCUCUUCGUGCUGGGGCUGAUGGAGCUCCCCAUCAUCUCCCAGGAUACCCAGUGGUGGGAGGAGGCCAUUGCUGCUGUGUUCCAACUUGCCAGUUUUGUUCUGGUUAUCGGACUGGUGACGUUCUACCGCAUCGGGCCCUACACCAACCUCUCGUGGUCCUGCUACCUGAACAUCGGAGCCUGCCUCUUGGCCACGCUGGCAGCUGCCAUUCUCAUCUGGAACAUCCUGCACCGGCGCGAGGACUGCAUGGCGCCCCGCGUCAUCGUCAUCAGCCGCACCCUGAGCGCUCGCUUUCGCCACGGCUUGGAAAAUGACUAUGUCGAGUCCCCGUGCUGAAAGAGCACACUUGAAAGGUGAAAGAUCUCCAAGGAGAUCUGCAUUGGAGUUAUUUUCUAUAAAUAUAUGCUGUAAUUUAAGGGUUGAAAGACAUCACAAUGUUCACUUGUGUGGGCAGAGGGCCUCAAUCAUUAUUCAGAUGGGCUCCAUCUAUAUACAUAUGUAUAAAACACAUAAUUUUAUAUAUAUAUAUAUAUAAAUAUAUAAAUAUAUAAAAUAUUAUAUUGCACUCUCCUUCCGCUGUACAGCACAGAAUUGUUGGGUUGGCUGCAUGGCAGCAGGGUCAGCCGGAAAAGAUACCAAUUGUGUGCAAUGACAAUACAGGAAAGAGGGAACCAAACACAUUUUCUCUGUCUGCAUCAAGUUCUUCUGCUCCUUAAAAAUAAAACAAAAAGCUAUAGGAGACCAAUGACAAUAGCCUGGGAGUUAACAGGCAAUCUGCAAAAGCAGAAAACUCACUAUAGAUUAAGUGAUGGGUUUAAAAGCUGUCUAAAUUUCAUGACUUCUAGUCCUUCCAUUCACCUCUCUACAAGGAACGGAUUCUCAUUAGCUGCAACACCUGCUCCCAGUCCCAGAACAGACCAGAGAGUAAAAAGCACAAGCAACUCUAACUAUUCUCAUGUAAGGAAAGGGAUUGCAGAAGAAUUAAGUUGCAUUUUUUUCAGACAUUUCUUUUGAAUCCUGAGACACAGGUUUCCUAGUGUCCUAUGCAUAGCCAGACAUUAAAAAUGAGAAGGGUACACAGCUAGAACAGGUCACACAUGCUGCUGAAAAAAUGUUUCAAUAUUACAUUGAGGGAAAAUAUCCACAGGAGGCUACCAGAACUCCCUAAGAAUCAGAUGUGAUUAAAAUACAUUGUUGGGAAUAAUUACAAGAAAGAAAUAUUCCAGCCCAAAUUGGUUUAUUUUCUCUCCAGCUAGUUAUAACAUUUGCUGUAGCAUUAGAAUGCUAUGACAGGACACCAGCUCUGCCCAGCAAUGCUCAGAGCCACAUAACACAGGGAAUAUUGGAGAAUAGAGCUGCCACUCAAGCACCCAGGCUGGAGAAUAAGACAAAUAUACAGGACUUCAGGACUUUGAGAUUUAAAAACAACCUACCUGAUAACUUAAUAUGAUAAUGAAGUGAAAAAUUAAUGCCUUUAGAAUUAGGUAUAGUGUUUAUAAGCCUUACCCAGAGAAGCACAUGGCCUCACAAAAGUCAUAUGCAUAUAAUUUUCAGAAAGACAGCACGUCAAAAACUAUUAUGCAGGAAUAUGUGGGAUACAGGAACCUGAGGCAGUGACAGGUGUGUAAGUACUCUCAGAAUGCUGCUCUAAGCAAAAUUAGUGAUAGGUUUGAGGGACCAUGAGCUGUGAGUGUUAGAAAUUCCUUAGGACUAUUGAGUUGCUCCCAGCUGAGUACACUGCUUUGCUCCUUUAUCACUAUUUCUACACUUUGUUAAAAUGUGAUCAUCAAGCUGGCUCUUGAGUUCUGUUCUGCACUCAGUUUGGAUGUGAUAAGAAACUCAACCCCAACUGCUGCUUUGCACUACAUUCCAAAUGAGCAACACUCCACAGAGACUGAUGCUCUUGAACAACUGCACUGCUCUAGACUGUCAGGGGAAAUACCAUAAAGCUGACAAAGAGUUUCUUCUAGCAGUAGGUUUGUAAAAACCAACUAAGAUUAGUAUUCAUCUGCCUGCAUUAAUUUUCUGGAAAAAAAAGGAAUUCCAGAAAUAAUAUGUUAUGAUUAAAUGCAGUGUUUUUUAAAAUAAAAUAUUGGAGUAUUUAAGAGACAUUAUAUUAUUUCCUCUAAUAUUGCAGUAUCCAUAUUAUAAUAAUGUACAUGUGAAUUUAAAAAUCAGCUAUGGGGUUGGUAAAUCUGUAACACUCAGUAUUGGUGUGAUUAUUUUAGAUGUAUAAAUAAAAUUGUGAAGGUUCA